CUCGACUGUCCAGUGUGACUGUGUCAGUGUGUGGGUGUCAUGUCCUGUGUCCGAAGUUACUGACUAGACAAGAGGUUAAAAUGAAAAUUCAAGGUCCAUUUUAUUAAUAACCAUUACUAGUAUGUCAAAAUACCGCUUCUUACGUAAUCUUUUAUACAAAGUGAGAAUAUUAGAUUCGAUAACGUCAAAACUGAAUGAGCCCAGGAGCUGUCAGCAAACUUUUUAUCAAGUUGGUUGUAGAAGACUUAGUACAUUACCACAAGUAGGAGACACAAUAUUUUCUCUGUCAUCUGGAUAUGGGAAGUGUGGUGUGGCAGUUAUUAGAGUGUCAGGUCCGCAGGCCAAAGAUUCCAUCCAUCAGAUGUGCUCAGCGAGGAGUCUACCAUCUCCCAGGAAAACUCAGCUCAGGAGGAUAGUAGAUCCAAUGACGGGGGAACCAAUCGACAGGGGACUAGUCAUUUGGUUUCCUUCCCCAGAAAGUUUUACCGGAGAAGACUGUGUGGAGUUCCAAGUUCACGGAGGCUCAGCAGUCAUUGCUGCUAUGGUUACAAGUCUGGGGAAUCUCUCAAAAUACAGACCUGCAGAACCAGGAGAAUUUACAAAAAGGGCUUUUAUGAAUGGUAAGCUAGAUCUUACUGAAGUGGAGGGUCUAGGGGAUUUAAUUCACGCUGAAACAGAGGCCCAAAGGAAGCAGGCUCUGAGACAGAUGGAGGGGGACCUAGGAAAGCUGUACUCAGGAUGGAGGGACAGGGUCAUGAAAGCUGCUGCCAAUAUUGAAGCCUUCAUAGAUUUUUCUGAGAGUGAGAGUCUGGAAGAGGAUCUUCUUAGUGAGGUGACUGCUGAAGUAGACAGACUGAAUGCUGAGAUAAGUAAUCAUCUGAAUGAUCACCGCUGCGGGGAGAGACUCAGGAAUGGGGUCCACGUCGUUAUCGUGGGCAAACCUAAUGUGGGCAAAAGCACUCUGCUCAACACCAUCUGUCAGAGACCAGCUGCUAUUGUGUCCCCUAUCCCCGGGACAACUCGAGACGUGGUGGAGACCGCCCUUAAUGUGGGGGGAUACCCUGUCCUUCUGAGUGACACUGCGGGACUCCGAGACACGGAGGAUGUUAUAGAAAAGGAGGGGGUCAACAGAGCAAUACAGAGAGCAGAACAAGCGGAUCUGAAGAUUCUUGUUCUUGAGGCAGCAGAUCUCUGUAAACUUUCCAAAUCAACACCAAUUCAGGAUAUUAUAACAGACUAUUUAAAAGAUUUAGGACUUUUAUCAGAUUCAUUGACAAAGUUCAAAAGCUGUUCUACAAAUAACACAUCUACAGAUUUAAAGAGUGUCUCAAAUAACAGCAAACUGCAGAUUUAUCAGGAAUUCUCUCCCUUUGGUAGUGAUGUAUUAUUGGUUUUGAACAAAUGUGACUUGUUGCUGGAUUCAGACCUGUCAUCGUUAGAAGACUUUCUACAAAACAAUGAACAGUUUGCAGUGUGCUUUAUUUCAUGUACAUCAGGAAGGGGUGUGGAAGAAUUCCUGAAAGUACUACAACAAAAAUUAAGUAUAAUGUGUGGAAAUCCACGGUCAGGAAAUCCCAGUCUGACACAGGCCAGGUAUCGAUUACACCUACAGAAGUGUCAAGGUCAUCUCCAUAACUACAAACAUUACAUGGAUCUUGGUGAUGUUGUAUUAGCUGCCCAAAGUUUGAGGAAGGUUCUGUACGACAUUGGAAAAAUUACAGGAAAAAUCACCUCAGAAGAUAUUCUAGAUAUUGUUUUUCAGGAUUUUUGUAUUGGGAAAUAAUGAUUUUUAUGUUGAAGCUAGUAUACGCACAUGUAUUUUUUUAGGUCACCUGAGUAAACCAUCGU